AUGGCUACGGAAACACUAGAGCCGACUCUCCAGAACAUCCUGGAUCAAAAGUCGUUGAAGUGGAUAUUCUGUGGUGGUAAGGGAGGUGUCGGCAAGACAACCACAUCAUGUUCACUUGCAAUCCAGCUCGCGAAAUGCCGUGAAUCCGUCCUCCUCAUUUCCACAGAUCCCGCGCACAACCUCUCCGAUGCAUUUGGCCAAAAGUUCUCGAAGGAAGCGACAAAGGUCAACGGCUUCGACAACCUCUCCGCGAUGGAGAUCGACCCGACAAGCGCGAUCCAGGAGAUGGUCGAGCAGUCUGACUCGAAUGGCAUGAUGGGUAGCAUGAUGCAGGACCUUGCGUUUGCGAUUCCGGGUGUGGACGAAGCGAUGAGCUUCGCCGAGAUCAUGAAGCACGUCAAGUCAAUGGAAUACUCAGUCAUCGUCUUCGACACUGCACCAACCGGGCACACCCUCCGCUUCCUAUCUUUCCCGACAGUACUCGAGAAAGCACUGGGAAAGCUGAGCUCACUGAGCGGACGCAUCGGGCCCAUGCUCAACCAGAUGACGAGCUUGAUGGGCGGCCAAGCUGACGCGCCAGAAGACAUGUUCGCGAAGCUCGAGUCCAUGCGCGCCGUCAUCACGGAGGUCAACACACAGUUCAAAGAUCCCGAGAAGACGACGUUCGUAUGCGUUUGCAUAUCCGAGUUCCUCUCGCUAUACGAGACAGAGCGGCUGAUCCAGGAACUAACCGCAUACGAGAUUGACACACACAACAUCGUCGUCAACCAGCUCUUGUUCCCAAAGAAGAGCUCCAACUGCGAACACUGCCGAGUACGGCAUAAGAUGCAGCAGAAAUACCUGAACGAGGCGCACGAGCUAUACGACGAAUUCUUCCACAUCAUCCAGCUACCGCUGCUCACCGAGGAGGUCCGUGGCCCGCAGAAGCUGACGGAAUUCAGCAAGAUGCUCGUGGAGCCCUACGUGCCUGAUCUCGAUUGA